AUGGUCCCCCCCGCCCUGCGGGACUCCCCCAGCCGCGAGCGGUGCUUCCCGCGCGCGGGCCGCGCGGACUGUCUUGCUUUCCAUGACAUUUCCCCUCAAGCACCAACCCAUUUUCUGGUGAUCCCCAAGAAACACAUAUCCCAGAUUUCUGUAGCUGAAGAUGAUGAUGAAAGUCUUCUUGGACAUUUGAUGAUUGUUGGCAAGAAAUGUGCUGCUGAUCUGGGCCUAAAGAAGGGCUAUCGCAUGGUGGUGAAUGAAGGUGUAGAUGGCGGCCAGUCUGUCUACCAUGUUCAUCUCCAUGUUCUUGGGGGUCGUCAGAUGCACUGGCCUCCUGGUUAAGCAUGCUCCAGGGUAACUUUCCUUCUCUAGGCAGAGAUGAGUCUUGCAAGUUCUAAUAUGUUUUAAAUGGCAGGUAUUUUUUUUUCCUAUGUAUGGAACUACUAAAGACAUUUAAAAACCUAUGCCUAAUAAAAGACUUCAUUGCAUGGUG